AUGAUAUCACAAUGUCGGCAAGUGAGAGAAAUUACUUUUAGCACUAAAGAUACAGACAAUACCCUUGAAGAAAAACAAUGUCAAAUAUCUUAUAUUCCUAAAUUAUCUCGGCUUAUUCAAGUCAACUUUUUUGGAUCAAUACCUUCUGAUUUGAAUCAUUUUUCAUUUAUUCUUAAUGCUGCACCUAAUCUUUUUCGCUUGGAUUUACCUUUUGAUUAUUUAUGGCUUUUCAUGGAAAAUCAACAAAUACGUUAUCUUCUUGGUCAACGUAUCACUUCACUUUGUAUUUUCGAAAAUUCAGCGAAAUCGUCAUCAGUUACACUCAAUGAAGAACAUAUACCUAUUAUUGCUUCAACAUUCUUUCGAGUUCAUGAUUUAUAUGCAGAUUUAACACAUUUACAGAAUAGCACAACAAUAAUCUCGAAUGACAGCCUUCUUGAAGAUUCUAUAGGGCAAAGCUUAUCUGUCCAAUCAUGUCAAAAGAAAUCUGAAGUCAUAUCUCCAUGUUCAAGUGAAUCGAUGGUAGUAUGUUUGUUGACAGAGUUAAAAGAACAUAAACUUGUUGGUCUAUGUAUUACUGGACAAUUCUGUGAAAAGAUACAAACAGAUGCUAACCAAUGGCUACAAUGUAAUACUGUGCUUUGCGAACAACAAUUUGAAGCUACUUUUAGCAAUGAGUUGCAUAGAUUACUCAUUUGGAUGUGA